AUGUUUGACGAUCAUGGACUUCUUGAUUAUGAUGACGAAGAUGUAACUGAACCGCUGAAAGAUCUAUUGAAGUCCGAUAGUUUUCGAGAUUUUCAACUGAAAACUGAAUUGCUCCAAGCAAUUACUGACGCUGGUUACGAAUAUCCAUCUGAAGUACAAAAGCAAGCGAUACCGUCAGCAAUCCUUGGCAGAGAUAUUCUGUGCCAAGGUGCAUCAGGUACAGGUAAAACAGCGGUUUAUGUACUUGCAACACUUCAACAGCUUCAACCAAUCGACGGACAAGUAUCAGUUCUCGUCGUCUGCCCUACGAACGAAUUAGCAUUCCAAAUAACUAGUGCAUACGAACGAUUUUCUAAACAUUUGCCAAACAUCAAAGUUUCGACUUUUGUCGGCGGCACAUCCACAGCCGAAAAUAGAUAUAUUCUGAGAAAUAAGUGUCCACAUGUCGUCAUUGGAACUCCUGGUCGACUUUUAGCAUUAGCUAAGAUGCGAGCACUCAGAUUAGAUUUUAUUCAAUAUUUUAUCAUCGACGAAUGCGAUCAGAUCUUCAAGAUGCAUGAUACUCGUCGAGAUGUUCGUAAAAUAUUCAACAUGACGUCAAUGAAUAACCAAGUCUUGAUGCUGAGUGCGACAAUUAAUGAAUUCAUUCAACCGAUCUGUAAGGAAUUCAUGCGAAAACCAAUAGAACUCUAUAUCCAUGACGAAAGUAAAUUAAUGCCUCGACUUCUUCAACAUUUUUACGUUAAUUCUCGUGAACGUAAGAAAUCAACAAAGCUAGCUAAGUUGCUAGAUAAAUUAGAAUUUGAUGAAGCAAUCAUAUUUGUUGACUCAACAGCACGCUGUUCCUAUUUAUGCAAGUUUUUAGUAGAUCAAUGUUUUCCAACUAAACAGAUUCACAAUGAUCUACCUCGAAGCGAUCGUUUGAUAGUUUAUGAAGACUUGAAAGCAUUUCGAACGCGUCUUGUUGUCGCAACAAAUGUGUUUGAACGUGGUAUCGAUCUCGAACGUGUCAAUCUUAUAAUUAACUACGAUGUACCGGAAGACAUCGAUUCCUAUCUUCAUCGAGCUGCUCGUGCCAGUCGUUUUGGUACGAAAGGUGUGAUCUUAACGAUUAUUUCAAGUCAAGAUGAAGCGGAUAUUUUGAAUAAAGUCCAAGAACGUUUUAAAAUACAUAUUCGUAGCGCUUUAGUAGAGAGUAGAAAUGAUGUUCACUCGCGUUUUAUUGUGUAG